AAUGAACACGUUUAUUGCAAAUCGAUCUCGAUAUACCUGGUGUACCACGUGUGCAUGAACACAUUGUCAUUUGAGAAUUGAGAUCGCGAUAACAUGGCGCCUAUUGAUGACUGGAGUCACAUGUUGAGGUUGAGUGUCGGCAGACAGUGGAUUCACUAGGCUAGAUUAAGAUUGUAAAGUUUUGUUAAAGCGUCGAACAUGAUUGCUGCAGGUGUGACCCCGCACGUGCCAUUAAGGCAGCUACCUUCGCCUCAUUGUAUCCACGUAUGGCACGUGACCACGUGCACAUUACUGUUCAGUGCCACAUGUUUCCUCGCUAUUUGCUCAGUGACGUCACAUUGGCUAUACAUGAAGUGCACGAGCGAUUCUCGAGGCACCGGAUUAACGCUGCCGCCAACACCCGAGACCCGCGCCAUCAACGGGAACGCCGACCAGGUGAUGAAUCGGGGUUUAAAACGUGAAACAUACAUCGACGACGUUAAUCAAACUGUUUCGGAGUUGUCGUUCUUUGGUAUACAUUCCCAGGGUCAAGGUGGCGUUGCAGCGGCGGCCGCCUGGGCCAGGUAUGAAACUGACCCGAAUAUGACGGAUGGUUUGGGGAGCCUGGAAAUCCACAACUACGCUCUGUGGUACGUGAAGAUCUGCAACUCGAGCGAGUGCUCCGUGUGGAGCUACACCAGUCUUCACGCCGAGCGAACCCGGCUAAGCCACCCGCUGUACGGGCGGCACGAGGCAACCGGGGACCUUGUAUCAGAGUUGGACUUACGCAUGAGUAAAGACAAAAUUAUCGGUACAGAGAUAGAGGUCACCCUAUCGAUUAUCCUGCUGGUAAUUGCUUUUGGGAUUAUGUUGAUUGCCACUCGGAGGUCGCGGCGUUUGCAGCGUCGACGUCAGCACGACGGUGAAAAACAUCAGACACCGAGACACGCGCUAGUCUGCAUGCAGUGCACGUCACUGCUGGCGCAAAUUGUUGCAGCCGUGUGCAUCUUCAUACCACUUGAGCGAUUUGCAGAAAUCAACUUCAAACUCUCUUCCAUUUCAAAUCAUACGAACUGCAACAUUUCCACGCCAUACAGCCUGUUUCUUCUAGGAGGAAGUGGAAUGUGCGCCAUAUUGGCGGCCAUCUUUAACGUGAGAAUUAUUUAUCUCCGCGUCUCGAGAGGCUGUAUCCAUAGAAACGAUGACGACACAGGUGACGUCGGUGAGACGCCCGGGCAAAUGCUGGUCGGCUUGGUAUCUCGAGAGUCGAACGGCUCUCAAACGAUUGCCAUAGGAUACACAGACCCUGUUCGGCCAGGUUACACAUUGGUUACUUCAGAGGAAUAUCCGGUGGAACAAUCCAAGCCAUAGAAGAGAUGUAGUUUUCUACUGUUGACAUGCAUUUUUGCAGUGGCUCAAUGACAAGGUUGUUGUCAAACCGGAACAAAAGCACUAUACGCACAGUAUACCACGAACAAAUAAUUUAUGCAUUGACGCGCAUUCAUUUAUCACAAAUGAAAGACAUUAUACAUUGUGAUACUAGUACCUAUUGUUGAACUGUUGUCGUGCACAUCUAGUCGAUGGCAUCAGCUCGCAACUGAUGAAAAAAGAAUGCCAAAGGCAUUAAAAUCUUCAAACAAAUAGAGACUGUUAAUGUUGAAUUGUUGAGUUCGAACUGCUUGACGAGUCAACUUAAGGUGCGUUUAACGAGUCAGUUAUUCUCAAAAUAUAAUCUAGUCGUAGUUUCCGUGGUCCAUCCUUUCAAUUCACCCAGUUCACAUUAUUGCAUAUAUAGAGUUAUAUCGCACUAUUUUAUAAACUACGUCGAACUUACGUCGCCUUAAAAUUAUAACUUCAUGUUACACAUUUAUCACCAAAAGUGUCCGGACUUUCAUUGCAAUUCAUUUUGUUAUUAUUUUACGUUUCUCCCAAUGUGUUCUCAUUAAUGUUUUUUAUAACUGUAACUGGCUUUUCGUGUAUGUUCGACCAUAAGGAACAUAUGCAAGCUACAUGUAUUUUAUUUUGUAUGUACCAUUUUUGUUGACAUUCAAAAUAAAGUCUGAAAAUAUC